AGGGAGGGAGGGGAGGGGAGCAAGAUAUGUCGAAUUAGGACGCGAAGAAAUUGCUGGCAGAGCUGGGAGUUUUCCGCCGACGAACUGAGAAAGAAAGCAAUUGCAGGUGGCCUCGCCUCGCGGGUGCCAGAAAUUUGUCGCUGGGAUGGUUCUCGCGUGGCCGAUCGUCUUAUGCUCCCUCCGCCUCACUCUCUCGCUGGCCUGCGCUCUCUCUUUCCUGCAAGUCGUCAAUCCCGGUUUGCAACGCGUCAUUUCCGUGCAAAUCGUGAGAAUUCUGUCCCGGAUUCGCAGGCGUUUGAUCAACAGCAGCUUCUUCUCCACGGAGUGGUGAGAAACCCAUUCGUGCGCUUUUGUUCUUCCUCUCGACAAGAAAUGAGACGAGAUGAGAAGCCAGAGAUGCAAGGCAGCGAUGCCACUGGGACGACGACUCCCUUUCCUCUCUCUCCUCGUGUAAUUACUUUCGAGUCUGAGCAGAGAAGGCUUUGGCACCCGCUGCUGCUCACAGUCACAGGAGCUGCAAUUCCAGCAGCGUCGGGGGUGAGGGUGAUGGAGCCUUGGGAAUUCUGCACUGGGUAUGUCGAAUCACGUUCACAUCAAACGACAGCGCUCAAUUGAGAGCCACCUUCAGACCCAGCACGGGAAAUUAUCGGGUCAAGAGGCACCCCAACAGCGGAGUAACACAUGCCGAAACUGUCGAAUUGACACAUAGGUCAACGAAUCCUGAGCCACAUCGAUACACAAAUUUCAGAUUUCUGUCUGGAAAGCCUUCAGAACUCACUGUUCGGGCAUUCAUGCAAUUGUAAACACCAAUUGGAGAAAAAACGGUCAUCGUGGGAUUAGAGUAAGACCAAUCCGUUAGGACAUCCAGGCAGUUUAUUGAUUUCUAGAUCUGAUGACAUCCAUCAUGAACAGGAUACUCACGCUCGACUAGGGUGGUUGUAAAUUCAUGGGCUAGUGUAUUUUAGAGCUUGAGCCGUAAAUCCUCUGACCCCUAUUAUACUGGGAGGAUAAUACGCACAACCUUUCUUCGGGGAGAAAUCCCCAGAUGUAGAUGUUAGCGACAUGACAAAACCUACAAGGUUUCCGUCACAGCUUGCCAGUGGAAAACACCUGAGGAGCAACAGGAGUUAAUCAAAGCCUCUCGUGGAGCAAGCAAUUUGAAUGAGGACAGAGCGACGAAGACACUUUGCUGCAGAGGAGAUGGAAUUUUUAGGUGCUUGGAAGAGGAGAAUCUGUCCGUCGUCUUAACAUCAGGAGUGAAGAAGGGAGCCAAAGCAAGUCCGUUGUAAAUAAUUGGGUCCAUAUUGUAAUUAUC